UUGCAGCACACUAGAAUGUCAUUGAAUACGGCGUAUGGACGCAAACUUCAAGGUGGCAUGAGCACCGAUGGAGGAAACACGUCGUUAUUGCAUACUGGAGAUAUAAUAUCGUUAUAUACAGAAGAAUCUUCAACUCAUAGAGGAUUCCUUAGUACACUAGGAUUAGUUGAUGAUCGUUGUAUAGUUGAGCUUUGUGAUGGACGGCCGGAGAGUCCGCCAAAGAAAUUCAGAGAUUGUUUAUUCAAAGUUUGUCCUUUAAAUCGUUACGCUGCUCAAAAGCAGUUCUGGACGGAACAGAAAAAAUAUGUUUCGGGAGAGUCGACGUUUGAUGAUGAUAUGAUGAAUAAGCUUCGGAUUGCGGCUGAAAAGGAAAAAGAACAAAAUGAAUUGGAAUUUCGUAAAACAUUGGGAAAUAGUAUCCAAUAUGGUUCAGUCGUACAGCUACUUCAUGUCAAAUCAGACAAAUAUAUAACAGUUCAGCGUAAUUCUCCCGCAAAACGUGAGAGAAAUGCAAUGAAGGUGUACUUAGACCGAGCUGGUAAUGAAGGUAGUUGGUUUGUGAUCGAGCCUGCAUACAAGCAUUAUAGUAUUGGGGACAAUGUCGCCGCUGGAAAUAAGAUCUCAUUGGUUCCUUAUUCGUCAAAUAGUCAAGCUUCAACAAAUCAUACGAAGCCUCAAUUGCAUAUGAGUAAUUUGAAGUUGCUUGACCGUGAUACGGCAGCAGAGGUGAAUUGCUUGAAUGAACCUACAGAAUGGCAAGUGUUCAUGUUCUUGCUGUUUAAGGAGAACCAACCCGAUAACGUUAAAUCUGGAGAUGUCGUUCGCUUGUUUCACGCCGAUCAGCAAACUUUCUUAACAUUAGACACUGUUCCUACUAAUAGCACAGAUGUAGUGUUUCUAAGAAUGACCAACCGACCUUCGGCUGCAGAUGCAACAAGUUCAAGAGCUUUAUGGGAAGUUCAGGUUGUACAAAAAGAUGCUUAUAGAGGAGGGUCAGCAAAAUGGUGGGAGUCAUAUCGUUUCAAGCAUUUAGCCACUGAUCUAUACCUUACUGUUUCGCCUGAAGGACCUAUACUCGAAAAACAGCCUCAACGUUGGGCAUCUGAUAGACGGCAGAGCCUAAUGUAUACGAAGCCUCGAGAUCUUCUUCAACCACCUAGUGUAGAAGGCGUACCAGUCGAAGCAUCAUCAUCCUCAGGUCAGCGGUACUUAGUUCCGGUACAGGGAGAUUUUCCUGAGGAGAACGAACAGCUUCUGUUCCAUCUGAAUGCAAGUACAAUAACUUCCGCUAUGGAAGUUCCGGCAAAGUCAUUCGUUCGUCUUCAACAUGUUGAAUCUAAGACAUGGGUACAUGCCACUAACCCAUCAGAGAAACAGAAUCUUUACUACAACAGCAAAAACGAGAAAGGAUGGGUCAAAGUUGUUUGUGAAUGUAAUAGAAUAGACAAAGAAACAUUUGCCCUUUUACCUGUCUCACCAAAUGAGGUUCGUGAUCUGGACUUUGCCAAUGAUGCAUGUCGUGCAUUGAAAAACUUUAUCGAUCUGAUAGAGAAAGGAGACCCGGUGACAAAGGAGCCUAUAAUCGUUACCAUUCAGUUGUUAACGGAAUGUAUUUAUUUCGUUACCAACACCACCAACCAUAUGAUCGAUCCUUUGAAGAUCUGCGAUUUCUCACCAUCUCGGGACCGUCAAAAGUUACUUCGUGAGCAAGAAGUGCUGGAUCAGGUUUUCAAACUUCUUAAAGCACCUUUCCAACCAAGACAAGGAAGAACAGAGAAUGAGCCAUUGUUGAACUCACCUGCCGAGUUAAGAGAUGGUCGAAAUGAGAUAUUCAAGACCAUGUUCCAACUCAGUUAUUCUCUUUUGAAGUAUUCACAAGAGAAAUAUCGUAAGAACCAAGAGUUCCUUGCCGAAAAGUUUGGUCAAAUUCAGGAGCAAAUUGGUUUCGAUCUCAUGGCGGAAGAUACAAUGACAGCUGUACUUCAUAAUAAUCCAAAAUUACUGGAGAAGUAUGUUAAGACACCACAUGUAGAACGAUUCGUCGAACUUGUUCGUAACAAUCGACAGGGAAAAUUCCUGGAUUAUUUGGCAGAUUUAUGUGUGUGCCGUGGAGAGGCAAACAAGAAAAUUCAAGAGCUUAUAUGUACUUCCGUACUUAGCGAGAGAGAUCGUGAUAUUCUGAUGGAAACAAAAAUAGUUGAUGACGAAGUGUACAUUGGUUGGCAAGAUAAUCUGAGACCUCUGUUUGAGUUAUCCAACUCAGCCAAGAAAAAUGCCGAAGAUUCAGAUUUGCUGGAUUAUUACAGACAUCAGCUAGAUCUGUUAGCUCAGAUGUGUCAAGAACAGCAGUACCUUGCAAUUGAUCCACCACCCGAGAGAAGGCUGCUCAAUAUUUCUCAUGAAUUGCCCAUUGACCUGGUGUUAAGAUGUAUGUCUGAUACAAGGUUACCUUGCGAUUUGAGAGCUUCAUUCACAAGACUCAUGCUUCACCUUCAUGUUGUGCGUGGAAGUCCAACUAGUGCUAUUCGCCAUGCUAGGCUUUGGUGGGAAAUUUCUGAUAGCAUAGAGCUGGAAACAUACAAAACUUAUUCUGUCGAAGGAUACGCUGAUGGAGGAAGAGUACGUGUCACUGAUAGAAUCGGGAGUGUUCUGAAGACAGUUGAGCACUAUUUGGAUUCUUUACGUCAGGAAAAUCAAGGUGGGCCAGUGCUCUCACUUGACUCUAAGAGCAUCAAUAAGAACAAGCUGACUAAUGAGAUGGUGACUUUGGCAAAAGCUCUUGCACAGUUCGGGUAUUAUACUUUCUACGGGUUGCUCCACCUAUCACAGAAUUUGUUGGCUAUUGCUGAUGAUUGUCCUCAUGAUUCGCAAACAGCGAGAACAGUUUCGCAUGGUAUGAACAUGAUUCAUCGGGUUACGCAAACGAUGAUAGGUACGAGACAGAAGGAACCUCAACAAGUGCGGGCAGCUGAACCCAUGGAGGAUACUUCUAGAAAUAAGGAAAGCAAGAACCUCCUUGUGCGUACAAAGUUGACUAUAGCCGAAAUUCUACAGUUUGUCAUGGACGUUCGUAGAGAUUACCGAAUAACAAUGGCAUUAGCAUGGUUCAAGCAGAAUUUCCCCUGCGAUCAAAAUGGGCUUUUGACUCAAUCAGCAAAUGUUAAUGAGAGAGUUGUCAAAGAUUUGUACGACGCUAUUUAUCAAUCUUCUGGUCACGAACUCCAUUUAGAUGGUGCUGAUGGUCAACUUCUUUUGGCAAUUCUUCUUCAAAUGACAAUGUCUGACUACGCUCCUCUCACGAGCAUAGCUUUGAAAGUGCUUUUCAGACAUUUCACUCAGUAUCAAGAGCUAUUAGAAGAUCUCAAGCAAGUACAACUGCUAGUUUCGACAGAUGAUGUAGAGAACUAUCGCCAAGUUGAUAGAGACUUAUUCAUUUUGAAAAACUUGACAGAAAAAAGUGAACUGUGGGUACAUGGUAAUCGGCAUCAUUCAGUAGAGCAUAAAGAAACGAUGGAAGAUAAAACAACCAGACGAGAUUUUGAAGAUCAUUCUCUCAUUACACCCAGAGCUUUCUGCGACGACUCCUUCAAAGAUGUUACUGAUGUUAUCGAUAAGCAUUAUCAGUCUACGCGAUCAGAAUGUCUACGUUUGUUGAAAGAUUUGCUUGUCAACGAUGAUAGAAAUGUAUCUGCGUUGGCAUUGCAAGAACUCAGUGAUCGUGCUCCUCUGAUUGCCUAUCCUUUGAUACGACAAAUUUUGAUUCGUGUCGAAAAGUUGUGUUACAAAGACAAUCGACCGGACACAAUGAAUCAGCAGCUUCUUAAAAACAUGCGUGUCUACGAAGUGGUGCUGGAGUUUCUGAGUAUUCCAUAUGAUAAGAAGAAUGAUGCUGAAAUGCCGGAAUUGAUUACUAAAUCGCAUAAGUUCUUGAGAAGUUUUUGUAAAGCUAAUAAGGAAAAUCAAAAUCGCCUCCAAAAGUAUAUAACCAUCGAGAAGGAUCCGAAAGAGGGAAUGUUGAGACUGGAAACGGCAGAAGAAGGUGAAACCUGCUUGGCUAUAUUCAAAAAUAACCGUGAAUUAGCUACGAAUGUAUCUGAUGAUCUGAUAGCUCAUGUUGUCAGUCUCAUUGAGCACAAGUCAAAAAGUCCCAUCUUCUUAGAACUUCUACAGUCUCUCGUAUGCGUUUACGACAAAGAAAUAGAGUCAAGUCAGGAGAAAGUAGCAACUGAGCUUUGUGGAGCUUCUGAUGAAGUGAGACAGCUUUAUGUCGAUAAAGUGUCCUUCGAGCAGUUCGAAAAGAUAAUGGAAAGUGUGAAGACAAAUCCGAAUGACAAGGAAUCACAUGUUGCUCUUCGAUAUCAUAUCGAGCUUGUUAAAUUGAUGGCUCUUUGUACUAGAGGAAAGAAUGGAAGCACCGAGCUGAAAUGUGCUUCUGAAAUUCCUAUGGAACAUAUCGUUAGUGUGGUAACAUCUGAACACUGUAUCGUCGACGUUAAAAUGGCAUACUUCCAAUUCUUAUUACAUUGCUACAUCGAUACUGAUGCGGAGAUGAAGGAUGCCUACAAACCCGAGUACAUCGAAGCUUUGCUCAACAACAUACUUUCUGAUAUAAUAGAAUUACGGAAAGAAUAUCAAAACCAACCUAUAACGAAAGAAGAAAUUUCUGAUAGACAAACGCUGGAGACUUAUAUCUGUCACACCGUCACUGAAACUUUGAUCAAGCUGUUUGAGAAACCUUAUAGCGCUCAAGCUAAGGUGGACAUUGUUCAACAUCAGAAAAUAUUCUCCGCCAUUUUGCAAAACCUAACCAACUUACAAAAACAUCAUCUGAUUCAAGCCAAAUCCACCAAAAACUGGUAUCGAGUAUCUGAAUGUGUAAAACGUCUAGGAAAAUGGGCCGAAGAGCAUAAUCUACAGCUGUCAGCUUUGAGUAUACCUUCCAUGUCUUCCAAACCAAAUCCGAAACAAAGAUGGCAAAGUGCUGUUCAUUCGGCUAAGUUUAUCGGAAUCAACACACAAGUUCUGACACUUCGUAACCGAACUAAUAGUUUAAUGAUGCCUGGGCCUCGAUGUAUUAUUACUGGAUCUGGUCGAGACAACGCUGCCAACGUUGUUAAUUGCUAUCAUAUGAUGAUAGGAGAGUUCAAAUUCUACUUAUUACCACUGAAUGCAGCUGAAGGAAGUGUUCUUGUGGAUGUUCUUCAUAUGCCUGAGCUCCUCUUCCCCGUAGGAUCAGCGUUGCGAGAACAAUGUGCUCGCGGAGGAGUUGUCACCAAAUUGAUUCAACAUUGCAAAACACUCAUGAACAACAAACAGGAUAACUUAUGUACCAGAGUUCUACAGACCCUUUGCAAGAUGUGCAAUAGUACUAGUAACAACUUCACCGAGCAGGGUCAUCAACUUCGAUCUAAGUUAUUGAAUCGUUACUUCGGCAUUUAUGGCAACGGCAAAGUUGAUGAAAUCAGUGGGCUUAAGAAAACCAACCUAAAUGCCGCAGAAGUUUCUGAUAUAAACCAUCUUGCUGAACAGACUCUGUAUGAUAUCCAGUGCAAGCUCAACGACGCAGGAGCCUCUGAUCUCGUUGUUGAUAUUGUGAUAAACGAUCCUUCUCAGGAAAUCUUCUUGAAAGCCAUGCAUUUAGCCAAAGCUUUACUACAUGGAGGAAACGAUAAAGUCCAACAAUCGUUCUAUCGUCGUCUCAAAUCUAAAGAUAUCCAUGAACCUUUCUUCAAAGCAAUCUCAAUGAGGAUUCAGACAGCUCAGAACCGUCUUAAGAGUGAUAUGAUGUCUUGUGUUGACAACAAACCGAAAGCAGCAUCAACAGUUUUGACGCCGGUGAACUUGGAUCAAAACCUUGAUUGUCCAUUCAAUGGAUCCGUGUAUGAGGGAGCCAUUAGACAACCUUCAAUAUCCGAGUUGUCAAACGUAUCUGGUGAGGCAACUAUAAGCGUUCCGGACCUAACACCGUAUCAAGAUGAUGACAGACCUAGUGAUGCAUUACCGAGUGAAGUUGCCUUGAUUGAACCGAUCUUCCGUGUCCUCCAAUUGCUCUGUGAAAAUCAUAACAGCCUCCUCCAGAGUUUCGUUAGGAAACAAUCAGAUAGAGCUAAUCAUAACUUGGUCGCAGAAACAUUGAGCUUUUUGGAUACUGUUUGUGGAUCUACCAAAGGAAGCCUGGGUGUGUUUGGUGAAAUUGGUGAACAUAACUUCAGUUUAAUAACACAAACGUUGGCAACGUUGACAGAGUUCUGUCAAGGGCCUUGUCAUGAGAACCAGAAUACCAUGGCUAUGCAAGAAAACGGACUCAAUAUCAUCAUUUCUCUUGUGUUGAAUGACAUAAAGCCCUUAGCUGACGAUCACAUGGAACUAGCUCUCGAAAUAAAGAGUCAAGCUUCAAAACUUCUGCUAGCUAUCAUGGAAUCUCGACACGAUUCUGAAAAUGCAGAUCGAGUUCUUCAAAACAUGAAAAAUAUGUCUGGAGGGCCUCGGCAACUGAUUCAUGCUAUCACGCAGGCGUACUGUAUGACGAAUUCAAAGCAGUACGAAAUCAACCAAAUGAAGAAGCAGCUUUUGCAAUCAGCAACCAUUCAACAUCGACCUCUGAGUGUUCUGAGUCCCCGAAUCAAAACUUCUGAUGUCAAUCUUCCUGAAAUCUCAAUUGACGCUUCCGGCACGGUUUCGAUUCAUGAUGAACCAAGCAAACAUGAUGAACAGUUCCAUUCCGGUAUGCAGCAUGACGAGCCUCACACAACUGUUGAUCCAAGAGAAGUCGGGCACAACAUAUAUAUCUUGGCUCAUCAACUAGCCCGGCAUAGCGAUGAGUUGGCUCAAUGGAUGAAUCCUGAUGAUGAAAAGAAGGAUGAGCAAACAAGAAACGCUCUUACUUUCUAUAAAAAGCAUACUGCUCAAAUUGAGAUUGUUCGUAGAGAUCGUACUCUUGAGCGCGUGGUGUUCCCUAUCCAUGAAAUAUGCUCUUAUUUGACCAAGGAGACCAAGCUAGAUGUUUACAACAAUACAGAAAGAGACAACCAAGGGUCCAAAGUCACAGAGUUUUUCGAUCAAUGGUCCGAUCUCUAUGAAGAGAUGAAGUGGCAGAGGAAGUUGCAAAAUCGUUACUACCUAUCGGCAUGUACAAGACGUUUGCGGCUAUGGGCUAAACUUUCAUUUGUGUAUGCAGUGGUUAUUAAUCUCAUAAUUGCAUUAUACUACCCAUUCGAAUUGAAUCAAUCUCAUCUCUCCGUUGCCAAUCCAUUCGUUUCCAUUUCCUGCUUAUUAUCUUUGAUUUUACUGUAUUCUCAAUGGGAUGCAGAAUCGACCUUAGCGAAGAAGUCUAAAAUUGUGACUGCUUUAGCGACAGUUCUGAUAAGUUUUACAAUAUUACUAAUAUCAGUGGUAGGGGUGGUACCAACUUUGAAACUCAUUGGGCUAUGUCAGUUUAUAAACAAAGCAAUACAUGUCAUUGCUUAUGUGAGUAACAAAGGAUUGGAAGAUCGAAGUUGGAAAGAACGCGUAUCGGAUAAAGAAAUGUAUUAUCAUAUAGCAUAUUUGGUUAUGUGUGCAUUUGGAUUACUAAUACAUCCUAUGCUUUAUUCAAUUUUGCUGUUCGAUAUUGUUGCUUCUGAGGAAACCUUGCGGAAUGUUAUUAGCUCUGUAACAAGAAACUGGCAGUCUAUCAUUCUUACUGGUCUCUUGGCACUCAUUCUCGUCUACGUGUUCUCUAUAAUCGGUUAUACAUUCUUCCAGAAAGAUUUCGCUCUUGAGAUUGAUAGUCCUGAAGAGGAGAAACCCGUGACGUUGAUGUCAUCAAAUCCAUAUAGUGAAUCUUGCUCAAAGCUUGGUGAGUGUCCUACAGAAAAAAGCGAAGGAGAUGAAGAAGAAAAGAAAAUAGCAGCGUGUGAUACUCUACGGAUGUGUAUCAUCACUACUCUGAACUGGGGACUUCGCAAUGGUGGUGGAAUUGGAGAUGUAAUGAGAAAUGUGGGACCACACGAAGAUUUGUUCUUCUACCGUAUAUUCUAUGACUUAUCAUUCUUCGUCGUACUUAUUGUUAUCGUAUUGAACCUAAUUUUUGGUGUGAUUAUUGACACUUUUGGAGAUCUCAGAACAGAAAAGAAUGAUAAGGAAGAUAUUUUAAAGAAUACUUGUUUCAUCUGUGGGCUAGAACGAGGACGUUUCGAUAACCGCACUGUGAGUUUCGAAGAACAUCAAUUAACAGAGCAUAAUCUCUGGCAUUAUUUGUAUUUCAUUGUUUGGCUCCAAAUUAAAGAUGAGACCGAAUUUACUGGUCCAGAGAGUUAUGUGGAUCAGUGUAUUCAGGAGAGGAAUCUCGAUUGGUUCCCUCGUAUGCAAGCCAUUAGUUUACAAGAUGAGGACGGCGAAUCAGAUCAGUCUGAGCUUGUUGCUCUCAGAGAACAGCUUAAGUUGGCAACCAAUAAUAUGCAAGACGUGUAUAGCCAACUUGAAGAAAUUAGACAGAUGCUUGCGUCAAGGUCCGACUAA